AUGCGCACCAUCUUCCGUGUCUCUCUCUUUGCUUCUGCCCAUGCGUCCCAAUCCCCCCUCGUGUCUCCCUCCCAAACGUGUCUCCCUCCUCCCCCUCUCCCCCCCCCCUCCCACAACCCCCAGCUGCCCAUGGUAUCGCCCUUCACUGGCAACCGAACCAUGCGAGCCAUCUUCCGCUUCUCAGCCAAUUCCUUCCGCUGCUGCCCACACGUUUCCCUUCCCCAUCCCCUGUGCCUCGCGCUGCCCAUGGUAUCGCCCUUCACAGGCAAUCGAACCAUGCGAGCCAUCUUCCGCUUCUCAGCCAAGCAGAACCACAGGGCGCCUCUCGUGCACCAAGGCCACGACUUGCGGCCUGAGCUGCUCAAAAUGUAUGGGCGGAAACGCAUCAAGGGGUGGAGCUUUGCACUCACUCACGCAUCUUGCGUUUCCCCUCCCCUUCUACCACACACACACACGCGUGCAGAUGUAUGGGCGGAGCCGCAUCAAGGGGUGGAGCUUCACAGCGAGGGGGGAGAAGCAGACGAACAAGGAGUGGCAGCUGGGUGUCUUCUGCAUCUGCCCGCCCGGCCACUCCCAGUGGACCAGCCGCCCCUUCAAGGUAGGAGUGGGUGGGUGUGGGUCAUUCAAGUCAAUGAAGCGCUCAUCUCAGGGUGCAUCCCAGUGACGUUCUUCCGGGACCACGACAAUCCCUGGGACGACGAGCUGGACUACUCCUCCUUCUCCAUCAACAUCGAUCCGGACGACAUUGCUUCGCUGCGCUCCCGCCUCGACACCGCUCCCGUGGAGCAACUCCAGCGCGGCGUCGAGAGAGUGCAGCGCAUGCAUAUACAAGGGGCAGUGUAG